CAACCUUCAUUGCUUCAGCUUGAAGCCUCUUAUCCAUUAGCCACUUAUGACCAAUUUGGCAGGUGUAGAGAGAGAAAAAGAAAACAAGAUAAAUUGGUGAUGGAAGUGAAUAAAAUAAGAGAAGGGGUUAAACUUAAAGGGAGUGUGGUUGCAGGGUCAGUGUGGGAGAGUAGGAUGAAGAGUGAUGAAGUAAAAGGUGGAAUCAAGGUGUUUAAAGCUGAAGAAAAACCUGAACAAGAAGAAGAAAGUGGAAAUGUUGGUUCUAGAUUGAGAAGAAGCUCAAUUGGGUCUUCAAAGAGAAAAACUUGGAGCCCAAUUCAGAUUUCCAGAGGUAAAAAGGAACUGAGCAUUUCUUCUUCUGAUGCAAUCAAGAAGAGUCCAAUUCAAUCAAGAAAGAUAAGAUCUGAUACAAACAAGGGUGGUGAAACAGGGCAAUUGAGGAAGAGUAAAUCAGAUCCAAUCAGAAAGAACGCUUCUCAGUCUUCUACUGAUUCAAUCCAAUUGAGGAAGACCAAAUCCGAGUUGGAUCGUGUUCCAGAAAAUGAACCAAGGAAUGAGGUUGAUGAAUUGGAUGAUGGGUGUGAGAAAAUUGAAGCUGAGAAUGUUGAUAAUUGCAAGGAUUUUGAAGUGUGCCAAGAGAAAGAGAUAUCAAGCAAUGUCGGUGUGGUUCAAAACAUACCUGAAUUGUUGAUUCAGGUUGAUGAUGAUUCAGAUGAUGUUGUUGAUCAAGUCCAAGAGAUUGAGAGCUUUGAUGUGAAGGAAAUUAGUAUUCAUGAAUCUAAGGUUGUGAAGGAACAAGAAAAUGAUAAAGUUGUUGUGAAUCAACAAGAUAAGAAUGUUAUUGUGAAUGAACCAAAAAAGUUUGUGAAUGCUCACAUGCGAUUUCAUCACAAAAAUGAAGGAAGACCAGUUUCUAUCCCUUUUGCAGUGAAGCAAUCCCCUACAAUCAAAAGGAAUUCCACAAUUUACCAAAAUUUCUCCCGGCCCAAUUCUAGUUCGGUUCCAAAGGAAGAAGAACACAGUAGUUUUCCACAAACCCAAAGCAAGUUGCAGAGUCUAGUGGAUUUAAUAAUGUGGAGAGAUGUUUCGAGAUCAGCAUUUGUGUUUGGGAUGGGAACAUUCAUUAUAGUCUCAUCUUCUUAUGCAACGGAUAUCAAUUUGAGUGUUAUUUCAGCAAUCUCCUAUGUAGGCCUUGUCUAUCUUGCAGUUAUCUUCCUCUAUAGAUCCCUAAUUUGCAGGGGAGUCAUAGAUGUUGAAGAUUCAAAUUAUGUACUAGGGGAAGCAGAUGCAAUUUGGAUGUUGAAAUUGAUCCUACCUUAUUUGAAUGAAUUAUUGUCAAAACUUAAAGCUCUAUUCUCUGGAGAUCCGGGUACCACAAUGAAGUUGGCAGUUUUGCUUUUUGUUUUGGCUAGAUGUGGCAGUUUCAUAACUAGUUGGAAGAUGGCCAAAUUCGGCUUCUUUGGAGUUUUCAUCGUACCAAAGAUUUGCUCUUCUUAUUCAGCACAAUUAACUGCAUAUGCAAAAUUUUGGAUUCGACGAUUCCGGGAUGCAUGGGAUUCAUGCACUCACAAAAAAGCCGUGGCUCUUGGCAUCUUCGGUCUUGUAUGGAAUUUGUCAUCAGUUGUGGCUCGAAUUUGGGCAGUGUUCGUGCUGUUUGUGGCAUUCAGAUACUAUCAACAACACUAUAUGGUGAGAGAAGAAUGGGUGGAAGAUGAAACAGGAUAUGAUGAAACAUGGGAAGAACCAGUUAGACAGAAACAACCCAACUUCGUUGCUACCAGUAAAGUAAAGAAAGGAUUCUAAAACAAUGAUGGUAACACAUUUGCCAGGAUUCCCACUGUCACAUUUCCUUUUCAAGUACUCUUUUCUUUUCUGUCAAAUUUUCAUAUCAAAGUGUUCUUCUUUUCUAUAAAUAAAUAUGCAUAGCUAUAGAUCUUAGACUCUUAGUUGUAAAUUUUUAUUAGUAACUGAUUCGUCAGUGUUUAAUAGCAAAAGGGAAUAAUAGCUUCGACGCUUAUGUUCUGUAAUUAGCAUUCAAUUGUAGCAAUUUAUGUUUACUAUGGUUGUGACAAUGCUCAAAUUUAGUUGUCUUAUGUCAUGAGGAGAAAAAAUUUAAACCCACUUGUAUAAGGUGAAGGCAGCGUUUGUAUUUUCAUUUAA